CCUGCGACUGGCUGACAGCCCUGCCCCUCACCCGCACUCGCCAUUCCAUUGGCCGGCCCUGGCAGGCUUAUCAUUCCAUCUGGUGCUGCUCCUGCUCCAUCGCGCCCCUGCUUUCCAUUCGUCUACCUCCGCCAGCUGACAUAGUUCCUAGCAUACUGUGUUUAGAAACACGCAGCACGGAAACAGCGACGAAACGGGCAGCGCUGGUAGACGCGUUCGGCGGAAUCUGCGCCGUCUAUCUGCUUUCUAAAGCCGUGGAAAGAUUGGGAGCGGCUUGUUGUGCGUUUGAAAGCGGACACCGCCGGCGCUGAGGUCCCUGUUCCAGCGGAGGGAUACGGCGUGGCGCUGACAAUGUGGAAGGCUGUUAAAAUGUCUCCUCGCAGGGUGACAUGGUUUCAAUUGUAGCAGCAAAAAGGGAGGCUUGAGACUUGAAGAGUUCGGGGUGCAAGUAGGAUAUAACAGUUUAACGAAGCGGGCUGCUUAACCAACAAGAAAAAACAAGGAAAAGGGAAGCUCUGGCCGGCUCCAGCCACGGCUUGUAAAGCACGGGGGGGAAGCGCUUCAAGUUUUCUGUUUUUUUGCACUCGAAUCUGUUUUACUGUUGGAUGCGCGGAUUCUCUAAAGGGUGGUUAGUGGCUGAGACAUAAGUGUGGCAUGAACCAACAGCAGCAGCAGCAGAGAAUGGCUGCAGUGGGAACAGACAAGGAACUGAGUGACCUCCUGGAUUUCAGUGCGUUCUCCUCCUUUGUUGAUGUAGACGGAGCCUCACUGGGAAUGACUGUGCAUGCUCAAAGGAUUGCCUUCCCAAAAAUGUUUGCUCCUCCUGUCGCUAAUGGAAAGAACAGGCCAACCACCCUCGCAAGCAGCCAGUUUGGAGGAUCAGGUUUGGAUGAACGGUCCGGGUCAGGAUCCUGGGGACCAGGAGAACAGAACAGCCCCUCUUUCCAUCAGGGGAGGGGUUAUGGAGAAGGCUCUCAUUACAACGAACACGAAGGACUUGCUUCUUCGCCCUUCCUCGGCUCAGGUUUAGUUGGUAAAACAUACUCGCCAUUUGGAAGAGAAGGUGGAAUGUCUGGAAUUAGCCAGGCUGGCUUUCUUUCCAGUGAGAUGGCGAUGCCCAGCCCAGAUGCCCUUUCUCCCUCUGGCAUGAAGGCAGGCUCUCAGUACUACUCCUCAUACCCCAGCAACCCACGUCGACGGCCGGCUGACAACAACAUAGAUGGACAGCCUAAAAAGAUCCGAAAGGUCCCUCCCGGCCUGCCUUCUUCAGUUUAUGCUUCAACCUCUGGGGAAGACUAUAACCGGGAACCAGCCAGCUACCCCCCAGUGAAGGCUGGCCCUGGCUACCCCGGGUCCUUUUACAUGCAAGACCCGUGGAACUCCUCUGGAGAGAUUGGCCAGGCUGGAUACGCUGCUGUGCUGGGGAACUCCGCUCACCUCUCCCAGCCAAGUGGCUUCACCAACCUUCACCCGCAGGACAGGAUGAAGCGUCACUCUCUCGCGUUGUCUCCUCAGAACUACCCUCUGCACGGCAGCGAGGUGAACGGCAGCCUGCCGCCCGGCUUCCACACAGGGUCAGCUGGCUAUGGAGUGUCCAAUCACACGCCUCCGCUCAACGGGGCGGAGCCUAUCAUGGCCAACAGAGGCACCACAGCAGGGAGCUCAGGGGAUGAAAUUGGAAAGGCUUUAGCUUCGAUCUAUCCUUCAGACCACAACAGCAGCAACAACUUUCCCUCCAACCCCUCCACACCAGUGGGGUCGCCCCAGGGAAUACCAGCAGCUACAUCUCAGUGGUCCAGACCAACCGGCCCGGCUGCUUUAUCUCCUAACUAUGAAGGUGGAUUGCACGCCUUGGUGUCCUCUGUGAAAGGGAUGUUGCAUCUCAGUGGGAUUUUAACCAGUUUAAAUAAAAUGAAUGAUGAUGAUGAUGAUGAUGAUGAUGACGAUGGUGAUGAUGAAAAUGAUGGUGGCUUUCAAAGACAAAACAAGAUGGAGGACCGCCUGGAGGAAGCCAUCCACGUGAUGCGGAGUCACGCAGUGGGCCAGGCCACGGCCCUCGCCAGCGGCCACGGGGACAUGAACAGCCUGCUGACAGCAGCUGCCUCCGCGCACAACGGGGGAGUCGGGGGCCUUGCCCAGGCCUUCUCGGGAGCGGGGCUGCCUCUGAGUAACCGGCACUCUAACAUGGGUGGAAGCCACCACGAGGACUCGGGCGGAUUACCCAGCAACCCUGUACUGCUCCAUGGACACCAUGUCUCUCUGCCCCAGUCGGGGACGCUCUCCGAUCUCAACAGACAGCAGGACUUCUCCAGCAUGACUGCUGGAAUCACGCGCUCCACACACUCCUCCUCCAGCACAGAUGUGAAGAGUGAGGGGAAAGAGGAUGAUGAGAACUCCAAUGCAGACAAGUCUGAGGACGAGAAGAAGGACCAGAAAAGCUCUCGCAGCCGAACAAGAAAAGAGCCGUUUUCCUUCCAGACCUUCUCUGCCCUCUCAGACCAGGGAAAUGAGGACACGGACGAGGGCCUCACUGUGGAGGAAAAGGAGCUGAAAGACCGGGACAGGCGAAUGGCCAAUAACGCCAGGGAGCGUGUGCGGGUGCGAGACAUUAACGAGGCCUUCAAAGAGCUGGGCCGCAUGUGCCAGGUGCACUUAAAAUCAGACAAAGCCCAGACCAAACUAAUCAUCCUUCAGCAGGCAGUGCAGAUCAUUCUGGGCCUGGAGCAUCAAGUGCGAGAGCGUAACCUGAACCCCAAGGCAGCCUGUCUGAAGCGACGUGAGGAGGAGAAGGUGUCAGGGGUGGGGGAUCCCCAGAUGCAGCUGUCAGGGGGGCACCCAGGCGUAGGAGACGGGCACAACCCUGUCAGCCAUAUGUAGCACCAGAUCCAUACUCUGGAAUUUAGCAGUGCUCUUGGAAGAUGUGGCCUUAUAUUCUUCUUCCAGUAUCACCCUCAUAUACUGCCAAAGCUGCCACAGCCGGUGGGGCAGAGAGCUGUACCUGACUCAACCGGCGCAAAUGUGAAGAAUUCUUCUCGUUCAUGGUUUUACAUUUGCUUCCAUAAAUGAUGGAACAUUUCAACAGAUCCUGGUCACCAAGUGGAGAAUCUCAGCUGCUGCUUCUCCCCAACACAGCCAAGAGGAAAUGAGAAAAAAAACAAACAGGAAUUUGUGCCUAAUCUUCUUUAUCUUUUUUUCGUUUUUAUAAAAAAAAACAU